UAAAAUCAUUGGCUUUCAAUAUGGCGCUCACAUCACUGUGUUUCAUCCUCUCCACGCUGAGUGUCACUCCGCACCGAUCCCAGUUCUUCCAGUAUGACCGCAUCACUCUGACCUGUGUGGCAAACUCCAGUGGCUGGACAGUGAAGAGGACAGUUUCCAGCAGCGCUGAUCAGGAAUGUCAGCACGGCUGGGCAAUACCCAGCAACUCUUCCUGCAUCAUUGGGGACGCCUAUCCAGAAGACUCUGGGGAGUACUGGUGUGAAUCCCAGAGAGGAGAAUGCAGCAACAAGGUCAACAUCACCAUAACUGCUAACACUGUGAUCCUGGAGAGCCCACUGCAUCCUGUUGAGGAGGGAGAAAAUGUUACUCUUCGUUGUUUCUACAAAGAAGACUACAAUGACGACUCCACAUCAAAUUUCUCUGCUCGUUUCUACAAAGAUAAUGUUUUCAUUGGGAGAAAGAUCCCAGGGGAGCUCACUCUGAAAGCAGAGGAAGGUUUCUACAAGUGUCAACAUCCUUCUAAAGGAGAAUCACAACAGAGCUGGUUGGCAGUGAAAGCUAAAAAUCAACCAACAGAUUUUCCUCCCACUUCUCCUCCUGUCAUAUUUUGGCCCAGAUUAAUAUGUGGCACUGUGCUCUUCAUCUUCUACUCCUUCAUUCUCAUCUUGUGUAUACACACAUACAGGAAAUGGGCUCGAGUGUGAGCUGAUGUUAACGGAGCAGAUGCUGAUGAUGGAGAAAAGAGAAGAUGAUGAGGAAGAAGUGGAGAAAUAAAUCCAAACAAUUAGUCCUCCUGUUUAUGAGUUGGACAGUUAUCUAGAGACCAAGUUAUUAAUCCCUUUAUCCCAACAUAGAUUUAUCAAUAUAUUGUCAUUUAUUUGGAAUCACUUAAUUUUCCUCUGUGCUUUGCUCUUUUCUCAGCAGGUCUUUACAAUUCAUAAAUCAAACUGUGAAGCUGACAUUGUGUCGGUCUUUGUUCAGUAUGUUGUUUUGAUAACUAUGCUUUACAUUUUAUUUUAAUGUUUCAUCGAGUCUAAAAAAAACUAACUGCAGACGUUCAGCAUUUCUUCUGCUGAGGAACAAGGACGUAUUUGGCGCCAUCUGGUGGCGAUCUUUCACGUUUCACCACACUUUUGUCAGGCAUGUCUUCCGAGUAAAAGAGGAAGAGAGUUAGCACAGAACUAGGAAAGUCAGUGUUUGUUGUGUGUUUUUAGGACCGCAGGUCUCCUGACAUCUGCAGAUAGAAAACAAAUCUGAACCUGAGGCAACAAAAACUCUGAUUACUCACUUUAUUCUGAAAACCAGGAGUUUCUUAUAUUUGGAAAUGUUACUGACAGGCAAUAAAAUAAAACACAAACAAAAUACAAAAUAAGACAGAGUCAUUUUAUAUUCAAACAAGGAAUCAACUUUAUUUAGAUAUUUGUCUAAAACUAAAUAGAGCUUACAAUCUGAGUCACAAGACGACUAUUGACACAGUUUGAUCCAGAAUCUGAUCUUUGUCCAAUAAAUGACUGAUGUCCUUAUUUGAUGAUUAAUAAUGAAGAUAAUCACAGUUUACAACAACAUUUGUCAUCAACAUUUAUUGCUUUGUCACGUUUAGUGUGACACAGCAAUAAAUGUAAUUAGUUUAGUUGAAUAAAAUCUUCCUGACAGUGAUUGCCUCCAUUGCUGAUCAGAAACAGGGAGGGGCAGCACCCAAACAAACUCCAACAAAACAACAAACAAGAUGAAAAAGUAGCUCCAUAAAGACAGCUGGUCUCUGGACAGUGAAGACAUGACAACAAUGAUCUCUCCAAAACAAUAAUGUAAACUAAAAUACACAUUUUAACCAAUUGGACCUCAAAUCACUGCUGAUUAUUCUGGGUUAAUGAACUCAGCAGAGGAUCCAUCAGGACAGGAAAAUGAGAAGUAAAGUCUAAUCCCAGCAUGUAGAGGCUGAGUGAAUCUGGUCUGGACUCUGUGGAUCAGAGUCAUAGUUUUAGAGACGCUGUAGAAACACAGAAUACCUUUUAUAUGAUCCAGGUACACUCCUAUUCUGGAGGAAACUGGACGUUCUAGUGGAGUUUUAAUGUUGUUGUGAUAAAAUGUGUAACUGUUUGUGUCACAAUAUAAUGACCAGGAUUUGUCAUUGGAUCCUAGUCUUUCUGUUCUGCUGAUGUUCUUGUAUGAAACGGCUACAGAUCCUCCUCCUCUCCACUCCACCUCCCAGUAACAACAUCCAGUCAGACUCUCUGUACUCAGAACCUGAUAACAAAAACCAUCAAAUCUGUCUGGAUGAUCAGGAUAAGACUGUUCAUGGUUCACAAAUGUUACCUUUCUAUUCCCCUCAGAUAAAAUUAGAAAUCUGUUUAGGGUGUUUGGAUCCAGAGUGAUAAUUUUUAAAAGUUUCAAGAAUCCAUCUCUGGUCUUUGGUUCUGGUUCUGCCAGUAGAACAUCCACCUCAGUGAGAUUUUUCUCCAUGAGUCUCUCAGGAUGUCCUGCAUUAUGUCUCUGAGCUCUGACACAGCUGCUGUCACGUCCUCAAAGUGUCUCAGAGGACGGAUGUUGAUGCUGG